AUGGCGGCUAGAAGAAUCGGUGGAAUGAGCGGUGGCCCCCGUGGCAAUCGUUCAUAUAAUCAACAAUUUCAAGGAGGCGGUGUUAACCCUUGGCAAGGGUCAAAUAAUUCUAUGAAUCAGGGGUUGCUUUCCCAAAUUUCCAACCCCCAGCAACUCGCUCUUGCUCUCACGAGCUUGCUACAACCUCAACAACAGAGUCCACCAUCGUUGCUUUCUUUGAACACGUCUCCCGGUUUUUCUAAUCAGGAUAGAGAUUUCAAUCGGUUUGGUAAUCGAGGCCGUGAUUUUAGGCGACACGAGCCUUACAAUAAGAAUCGCAAUCAAGGAGGUCCAAAUCGAAACCGAAGACUCUCUCAAACCAAGAAGAAGGAAGAUUCGAGAGGAAAGGAUGAGCCGAAGGACGAACAUUCCGCCGAUGAAGGAAACGAAGAGGGCGAUAACAAGAGGGACUGGAAGGACGAGAAAAACACCGGUGAAGAUAGAAAGGAUGAGACCGAAGAGGAGGCUAAGAUGAGAAAGGAAAAGGAAGAAAAAGACGGACCAUACUAUGAUGUUCCUGUCAAGUUGCUGAAUUGCUUCGUUUGCAACAAAGAGAUGUGGGAUGGCGAGUCCAUGCGGAAGCACGUCAAAGGUCGUGCUCAUAGACAGAUGUUGGAGAGUUUGGAAGAAAGCAUACACAUCACCGUUAACAUUCUCAGAGAAAACAUGCGCCUUCAAGAAGAGAAGAAACUCAUCGAACUCAACAGAGUUCAAAGGGUCACCAAAAGAUUCAACAAACCCGAACCGGAAAGCCACUGCAACAUGUGCGAUCUCAAGUUUUUGGGAAAAAUUAUCGCCCAUCGCAAAACUGACGGUCACCAACGUCUCAAGCAUUAUUUACAUCCCAAUUGCCGUUUGUGCAGCAAGGAGUUCCCGUCUAGAAUGGAAUGGAUCGAGCACCGCUUAACGCCCGAGCAUCUCAGAAAGUUGAACAAAUCUUUGAAUGACAAAAUUGGCGGAAUAGACGGUUGCGAGAUAGUAAACGAACUGGAAUUGGAGCCGCUGCUCGACGAACCGUUGGAGAUGGAAGCCGAAAAUCCGAUUUUGGAGCUAACCGAGAAUCUUAAUGGCUUGCAAAAUCUCAUGCCGGCUUACAAGCCGAACAGGGCCGUCGCCACUGAAUGUCUUAAACCGUUCUCCGGUUUCGUUUGUGAAAUUUGCUACAGGUCUUUCACUGAUGAGGAAUUGGCGCAGAAACAUUUGAAGACCAAACGUCAUCAUUCUAAAUUUAUCGAAAUACUUAAGCUGAGAUACAAGGAGCAACAGAAGAAGGAAAAGGAAGAGAAGGAAGCCGAGGAAAAGAGGAAGUUGGAGGCUGAGAAAAAUGGGGCCAACGAAGAAGGCGACAUGUACGAUCCCGACGAACCCACUCAAGAAGAAUCGUCCGUUCUGGAAGGAGAGGCAACGAUGGAGACGUCUCAAGACGAUUGCGGCGAUCCAUCUAUCGUUUCGUUGACCACUGACAGCUUGUUGGAAACGGAAGAAGACGAGUCUCUGAUUAAGGAAGAGGACGAACCGGCCGCUUCCGAUGCUUCGCUACCGGCGUCUUCGCCGGUCAAGCAGACGAGAGCCGCCGUUGCCGCCGCCGCGGUCGGCGGGGCCGUCAAGAACGGGGCCGGACCCAAAUGCAAGAAGUUGAAUAAAUAG